GUUUCGGACCGGCUCCAGCGGCGGCUUCUGAUUGGCUGAAGUACUCUUCCCAGUUCAUCUGCUAGUAAGGGCAGUAAGGGAGUAAACUUGCAAGAUGGCGGUGCGGUGGGGUGCUGCCGAAGAGACUUUAACGGCGUGCCAUAUGGAUUUUUUCCAUUUGAAUACACUCGGCGAGGGUGCUGAAUUGUGCCCCGGAGAAACACUGGAGUCUCUUCAAAGCUACGUGGACCCCUCAAUCCUUUCCAUCUUUGAUGACACCCCAUCAAUGGAGACAAAAGGACAAGACCAGAACAUUGAAGCCACGCUGUUAACCGCUCUGGCGGACAUCAUCGACAAUAUGGAUGAUGAGAACCCGUCCCCGUUUGACAUGCUGCCUGAGUUAGACCUGCUGUCGGGUCAGGGCAGAGAACAGUCGCCGCUCAAAAGAUUGGCCUGUCUGUCACGGUCCCCUCCACGGAGAGACUCAUGUUUAAGACCACUAUUGACUGGAAAGAACCUCCCCAUGAGGAAGAGAAGUGACGGAGAUGAACAGGAUGCCGACUCUCUCACGCUGAGUCCACUGAGUCCCACUUUCCUUUCUGACUGCACUUUGCCAAAUUGGGAGUGUCUGGCCAUCCCGGUUCCAGUCACCGUUCAGCAGGAAAGUGCUGACGGUCUAUCAGUCGACCUGGACGACUUAGUGAAACACAGGCAUCCAUACUGCGUGACAAUUAGCAUGGAGGAUGACAAGGGCAUGCAGAUGUUGCCUGAAGGAGGAAUCUUACUUGAAGUGGUGGAUCAGGGUGAAAAUGGAGAGCCAAUCCUGGCCAUCCAAGACCUCCCAGUUCCUCUGUCAACUGAAGGGUUUACAGAAAAUGAGCCAAGGGCAGGUGAUGAGGACGAAGUAGCUUCUGAGAGCUCAGAGCAUGUUGUUGUUGACGAUGAUGAUGAUGAUGGAGCAUUCUCUCAAGUUCCGGUGAAAAUUCCAGGCUUAUGUUUCGAUAGGAAAGAUAACAUCAUGAUUAACAAGCAGAAGGAAGCUACCUUAGCAAGAAGCCCCACUCGUCGGAAAAGGAAAAAGAAAUGCAAGAAACAUUGCCCACCUGUUGAGGGUCGGGUCCUCAGGAGUGCGACGAUAAGUAAAAAACAAGAAUUACACAUAGAGUUGAAAAAUAGGCAACUCAAGAAAGAGAAGAAAAAUAAAAUGCCAAAGGAUCCAUCUGGUCCUGAAGAUCGCUUUCUAAAACUUAAGGUGAUAACUUCACGCCAAAGUGAAUCCCAAGCAGAAAUCACCUCUUUGGUUCCUGAGUCUAGUGUGAAAGCUGUUACGUUUGUGCCACCACAGGCCACAGGACUGUUAAAACCUGCUGUUCAUGAAAGUCCAGGCCCAGUAAUCUCCUCCCAGCAGCCAGAUAAAAUGUCCAAAGAGGUGUCACAAACUUCUGAUGAGAUCUGCAGCCAACCAUCUUUAGUGUCUUCCAGCAACCUAGCAGCUGCUAACACCACAUUGACUGUGGACGAACCCCUCCCGCCUGUGGCUCCUGCAGCUCCAGAGCCAAAGCCCAAGUCCCUCAGUCUGGCCGAGUAUAGACGGCUUCGGCUGCAGAAGAAGCCUGUUCCAGUUCAAAAACAAGGGGACAACAGCACCAAGUGGCCAAGCCUUCCGGAGCUCCCCAAAGAAUUGCCCCCUAUCCCCUGUUUGCCUCAUCCCACUCCCAGGGAUACUCGGUGGCCCACCUUCCAGGCUGGAAAGCAGGUGGUCGAGAUCAAACCUGCCUGGCAACCCCGGGGACCCUGUGCCCCGCCCACGCCUGAGGCACUCUUGGUGCCACCUGCCUAUAUGGUCUCCUCAACCAACAAGACUGCUAAUGCUGUUCCUACACAAUCAAAAGAGGUAUUGAAUCCAAAGCCAAAUGUGCCCCAAAAACCUUCAGCUGGUACUCCUGAUUCUGUCAACACUCAUGUCUCUAAAUGCCAGCCAGUGCACCAACCAACAGACAAGUGUACUAAACUGUCAGAAGAUGACACUGAAGUCACUAUGAGGCCUCCACAGUUUGUCAAAACCACUGCACAGACAAUUCAGUGCAACUCUGCUGCUGCUGCUGUUCCCAUUCCCAGUCCAGUGGAGAAGACCCCAGUUUCCCAGAAUGUGCCCAAGGUCAUUCCUCACUCCACUCCUUCCUCAAAUAAUCACAGUACACCUGCAAAGGCCCCAACAAUGAAUCCCAAACCCUCUUCCGCUCCAUCCGUUCUCCCCUUGACAUCCUCAAGUCUUAAAUCAGAACCUGUUGUGGUAAAACCAAAACCACAAGUCACCUCAACGGGAGCUCCAAAGGCAAAGAGUCCCACACAGGAGCUCAUUGAGUCCUUCACUGCUGAGAUGGGUAUUGAGGCAGCUGAUCUGACCAGCCUGUUGGAGCAGUUUGAGGAAACGCAAGCCAAAGAGCAACAAAGUGGACUGGAGGUCUGUGGUAGAGCAGCAGCUGUAGGAAACUCUAGCGCCAAAUUUGCACAUGAAAGAACUGUGGUGGAGCGUGUCAGAGCCAAUGAUCUCUCAAGCCCUGCAGCUUUGACUCCUCCAGCCACUCCUCCACACCAGAUGUGGAAACCUCUGGCCCCCGUUGCCGUUCUUGGAAAGGCUAAGUCCUCGGAGUCCUCCAAAAUGAACCCAUCUAAGGCUAUUCAGAUAGAGGCCCGUCCGCUGACCUCAGCCAGAUUCCACACUAAACCCACUGAAGCUGGCCCCUCUGUGCCGUACGAGGUGGUCUGCAUGGAUCAUGAUUACUGCGUCCCCAAUAAACAUGCUUCGACUGGAGAAGCAGGCAAACGCUGGAAUGUCAAACAGAAGAUCACAAUUAAAGCCAUCAAGCACCCUAUUGCAACCACUACAGUGCCCCCGUGUGUGCAGGAGCUCACCUGCCAGUCAAACCCAAACACGCAAGCAGUUUUGGCACCUCCAGCAGUUUUGAAUGAUGACAUUGAUAGGAUAGAGAAAUCCUCCGUUCUGGAGACCCCAGAAGCUUCUCCAGCACGGCAGGAGAGCGAAUCAACCGAAAGCGGUCUUAAGAAGAGGCCUUUUGAGAGGUCUUAUCGCUGGCACGCAACCUCUCGCAGUCCGAGCCCCAAACAGAGGGGACGGAAACAAAGAUCCCAAGGUUCCCCCUCAACGUCCAGCAGCUUUGAGUCUGAUUCCCACUCAUCUCGAUCUCGGUCGGGAUCCCGCUUGCCAUCCAAGAAAAGGUUCCGUCAUCGCCGCUCUCGCAGCAGAUACAGCUCUUCAUCUCGCUCCUCUUCAAGAUCCUCUCUAUCCCGCUCUCCUCCCAGGAGGAGAAAAUACUCGUAUUCCUCCUCUCACUCUGGUUCGUGGAGUCGUUCUCGAUCAAGGUCUCAAUCUCCCCAAAGACGAGCGUCAUGGCGGAAAACCAGAAAUCUUUACAGUCCUUCAUACCGGAGUACAAAUGGGUAUGCUGCUGAGGAUAUGAAGUCUCGCAAAGACAAAGCUAUAGAGGAGAGACGGGUUGUUUACAUUGGUCGAAUUCGAGGCACAAUGACACAAAGGGAGCUCAGAGAUCGUUUCUCCUACUUUGGCGAAGUGGAGGAUUGUACUCUGCACUUUAGGGAACACGGGGACAACUAUGGGUUUGUGACUUACUACGACACCAAAGAUGCUUUCACGGCCAUUGAAAACGGGAGCAAGUUGCGCAAGCCUGAUGAGCUGCCAUUUGAUCUGUGCUUUGGUGGAAGGCGGCAGUUCUGCAAAACCACUUACGCUGACCUAGAUUCUAACAGAGAGUAUGACCCACCAGCUGCAAAAGGCAAGAUGAAGACUCUAGACUUCGACACUUUACUGAAGCAGGCUCAGCGAAGUCUGAAGAGGUAACAGGAGGCCUGCCGCAGGAAGCAGCUAACACUUACCUCAAGGGCAAAACUUGUCUUUUCGGUUUGUUGUGACAUUCGUUCUGUGAAAAUUUAUUUUGUUUGGGUAAGUCUAAUACCUUCUAUCGAAGUGGAAAUUUAUAAUGAAAUUAUUAAAAGAUGUUAAAAAAAAUGAAACGUGACAUUUUUAAUAUUUAACUGUAAAAACAAUGUAUGAAGAGAAUCACUUUUAAAGGAGAAAACCAAAAGGGGAUCCUAUAAAAGUUGAGAUGUGUUACAUCAAAUAGAGGUUCUGC